AUGCUAGUGCGGCCCAGCGCCUCUGUCCCUGGUCCGCCUCAGCGAAUUGUGUACGGCCCACAGCAGCGGAGCUUUGUCCCCAUCUCCAACGGUCAGACUCCCAGUUUUGAAUCUGCUUGGCAAUAUAGUGCAAACAACAAGUUUGCAUAUAGCGAAUUGCAAAAAUUUGGUCGUCGCCGCGUCGUGGCCAUGUCAUUCCUCCGAGAAGCUCUCAAGGGCGCAAAGGCUGACGUCGUUAGCGCCGGCGAUGACUUGCUUCCCCGCCUGGCCCGCGCCGCGAGAGUGGCACGCAUCCUUGGAUUAGAACUGGCGGCAAUUGCGGCGCUUGCCCCGUACGGCGCGUACGCUAUGUCCGUAUACAGGAGUUAUCCCACCGGCAGCGGCAGCACCAACAACAGCACCAACAACAGCGACAAGUGCACGAGUUCACGGCUGCGCUUUAUCAGCUGCCGCCGGGUCGGUACGAUGGUUGAGGAGGUUAGUGCCGCCCUCUCCUGGACCUUUGAUAACGUGGCCAGUACAAAACUGGAACGAAAAACGGGGGCGCCCUCCGCCAGGAGGAGCGCCACAGAAAUCCAGAUGCAGCGUUGCCGUACGACAGAGGUCUACAUGUACGACAAGAUGAGCAGCCUCAAGCAUUACGAAUUUGAAAAGAGCCGUGCCGUACACGAACUUUCGAUGAUGAAGCGUGCAGUGGGCGGGCCGAUGGGCUUCGCCGCCGCCUCGCCAAGCGUUAUCCUGGCGAGAGCAGCUGCCGGUACGGCACCGGCGCCGUACGAUCAAGACUCCGCUGCUGCUGCUGCCGCCGCCGCCGCCGGCAGCAGCAGCCUUUUCACGUCGUACUUCACGUCUUUUGAGCUCCUUGGCGACGCCAUUCCCACGCGCUCGGGGUUGAACGGCCUUGAGGCCGCCGCCGCCGCCGCCGCCGUCGGUUCUCAAACAGCCGCUGCGGCGGCGGCAGCAGCGGCGGAGCGGGGCCCGGUGUUCAACCUGGCGGCGGCGUCGCGGCUGCCACCUUUUGUGGUGAUGGGCAGCUGUUCGGAUCACAUGGUUCCCUGGCACGAGGGCGCGGAGCUGGUGCUGCAGCUGCGCAGGUGUGGCGUUCCUGUACGGCACCUGCUGUACAACCACGUGGGCCACGGCGAUUUCGUCAUGGCCUGGAGGCCGCUGAAGGCAGCUGCGGCCAUUGCAGCAGCGGCGGCGGCAGCGGCGGCGGCGGGACCGCCACCACCACCAUCAUCAUCAUCUUCUUCGGCGAUAGCGGCUGCUACAGCUCCCGACAUGCACCUGGAAGGGCUACUGCCUUGCGGCAGAGACCUCUUACGCAUUGCAUUGGGCCGAGUGCAACUAAUGGCGGCGACGGCGGCGGCGGCGGCGCCGACGCAUCAUCUGCCGCCGGGAAGAUCAUCUGCCGCCGUGUCCGCGGCCGGUGGCGAUGGCGAGCUGACGCCAUCAGGGGUGACGGCCCCGGGCUUGGGGCUCCAGUUAAUGCCGGACGUGGACGAGCAGAGAAGUCCGCAGGCGCUGAUAACGGCGGCCCAUCAGUCCAAGUUGUGA